ACCGGACCAAUCGCUGGCCGGCGUUGUGCGGCGAGGGGCGUGAGAUCAACCAGAGCAAUGAAACAGCGGGGAGCGCAAAUUGAAAUGGCAAAACGUCCACGGACGCACUCGCUGGUGUGGAGGAGAGCGCAGCUGCUUGGUGUGAGGGAACUCGGUGAAAGUUGACGGCUGCUCGGGUGGAAUGCGUGUGCAUCCGGCUCCCCUGAAGCCUUCCGGGCUCCCAACGAAGCGUCCCGGGCGCCCCUGAAGCCCGCGGGGCUCCGUGGGCCCUUCGCCGGCUGUCGCGCACAGUGCUCGUCGUCCGGCCACCGGCGUCGUCGUUCCUAUGAGUGCGGCGUCCAGUCCGCCGUUCGUGGUGAUGCAGCGGCCACUCGGAAGCAGCUCCGCCUUCAGCAUCGACUCUCUCAUCGGGGGGCCUCCGCAGCCCAGUCCAGGACACUUCGUGUACACGGGCUACCCCAUGUUCAUGCCCUACCGCUCGGUGAUGCUGCAACCGCCGCCGCCUGCGCCGCCGCCACCCGCUUCCCUGCAGCCGGCCGGACACCCACCGCACCUCCCGGCGUUGCAAGGCGGCUUUUGCUCCAGCCUCGCUCUCACCUCCACGCUCAUGGCCUCGCUUCCUGGAGGAUUCUCGCCCGGCCAGCACCACCACGACGCUGGCCGAAAGCACGCAGAGGACACCAAGAGUUUGGCGCAAGUGUCCGCGAAAGAAGACGCCGAAACGUCGGUGCAAACAGCCGCAGCGCGAGGACACGCGAGUCCGGACGAGUCCAAAGAGGAUGACUGCGCUCGCAGAGACGAGAGUUUCUCGAUGGACAGCGACGCGGACUACAGCUCGGACGACAACAUGAUGAGCUCCGCGGCGGCCGGGCUGGAUGACGGCCUGCACCUUCACGCCUCUGCCGGCUCUGGCUCGGCCCCCCCGGGAGGCGGAGGAGGCGGCGGCGGCGGCGGCGGGGGUAAGAAUCGGAGGCGACGGACCGCGUUCACCAGCGAGCAGCUCCUGGAGCUGGAGAAAGAGUUCCACUGCAAAAAGUACCUGUCGCUCACCGAGCGCUCCCAGAUCGCGCAUGCGCUCAAGCUGAGCGAGGUGCAGGUCAAGAUCUGGUUCCAGAACCGGCGCGCCAAGUGGAAACGGGUCAAAGCUGGCAACGUCAACAACAAGUCCGGGGAACCGUCGCGGAACCCCAAGAUUGUGGUUCCCAUCCCGGUGCACGUGAGCCGCUUCGCAAUAAGAAGUCAGCACCAACAGCUGGAGCAGAGCCGACCAUAGAACCCUCGAGAACCACUGCCGAGAACUGGCCUCUAUUCAGCGCACUUGGCACUUGUUUAAUUCGCUCUCUUUAAAAAAAAAUUACAGGCCACAGCUGGAAAGUCAAGAAAUGUAACUGCAUUUUUAAACAAGUGCAAUAGGAUCUAAAUAAAUUCAUUGAAGACAAAAAAGACAAACGACAAUUAUGUCCUCAUUUAAGGGACAAAGUUUGAACGGGAAAAGGAUGAUGAUGAUGUCCACGAUAACGAGACAAAUAAGUAACCUAAACGUACAGAAGACGGAAGUGAUUUUUUUUGUACGAGCCCCCCCCCCCCCCGCCCCACAAAGACGCUGCUAGUUUAUUUAAAUCCAAGUGUGCUCAGUGACUUCCAGUGAUUACGUGUCAAUUAAAACAAAAACAAUUAAAAAGAACACGUCUCUUCUUUUUUUCUUUAUUACACGGGGGUUCAUUUUUAAACCGCAUCCAUUUCUUUGGACUCCAAAGUCGAUCCUUUAGAAAUGAAAGUCAACAUUUAAUAGCGAAAACCAGGGUGCCUGAGGCCCCAACCGUCGAGGCAAAAAAUAAUUUGACCAUUUCACCAAUCCGACAAAGAAUUAAAUAAACUUCACUUACAUUUACUAUUUAAUUUAAAACAUUCUACUAAUUUACGAAGGAGGAUGGCUCAUUGUGUCUUUCCCUCCAGCAGCGGGAAUGUGAAACAUAUUCAGUCGUUUUCCACAAAAAUACAGUUUGGAAAAAUAAAAUGUAGGUGUAGGCCUAUUUCUAGAAUUAUAAAUUGACGUUCAGUAAUUAUAAUUACAUCGACAACCUAAAAUAAAUCUAAAUACGUUCAAUUAACAAACGAAUAUCGAGAUUAUAAAGUGCUGACACAUCGAGACAACGAACGAUUUACUUCAAUAGUAACAAUAAACAAAGAAGCUUGUAAAGCUUGAAGGAAGCGACGGGUACUCUCAGGGUCACGUGAUACAUUCACACUGUAAUUAUGAUAAAAUGUCAUCAAACACCAAAAUAAAAUGAAACCGAAAACUCGGAAUAUAUUCAAGUUGUGAAAAACGAUGAUCAAAAUUAGAAGAACACGAAAGUUGAAGUCUUUCUCACUGACGUCAACUUCACGUACCCAUGCACGCACGCCGUUUGAGGUCGAAUGCCUUCUUUUUGAAUUAAUUUAUUUUUUUAACGAUGACAAGAACUCAUUAAAGUAUUGAAAUAAUUGAGGAUUUUCGUUACCGGUAGUGUCAAUACUGGUCAAUGAUUAAUUGGAGUUCUCACUCAAGAGAAGACGCUGUUACUUUCGCCACUAUUUUUCCGAUUUUUGAAUGAAAUUACAAAAUCUCAAGCGUAAAUAGACGUUUUUAAAAAAAGAAAAAAAUAAGUCAAUCAAAUUCAUUCACCAACUUAUUUUACGUAUAA